GCCGUGCGGGUGCGCGGUAGGUCCUCGCAGCAGCGGAUAAAAUUUCCGAGAAUUCGGUGCCCCCCUCGCGCAAAGAUUCUCCGGAAAAUCAGCCUCGUUUUGCUCUGCAGAACUCCCGCCUGUUUUCCAAAGUUUCCUCCCCUGUUUUUUCUGCCCUUCGCCCUUUCUCGGUUUUCGAAGUCUCGCUUUUUUCGUGCCUUUGUCAGCUUUCACUAUUCACUUGAAAAAUCUACCCUUUCUUUUUUUUUUGUUUUUUUGCUCCCGUGCGCGUGUCGUGGAGAAGGAGAAGGAGAAGAAGGAGGACCCGGAGGAGAGCGCGCGCGGAGCAGCUCCCGGCGGCGAGAGCGAAAUGGGUUCUGGGAAUCUCCUCCAAGUCGUGGCCAGCAACUUCGAUGUCCUCGCGCUGCCUCUCGUCACUCUCGUUUUUCCUCUGUAUGCUUCGAUAAAGGCCAUAGAGACCAGGUCUCGCACGGAUGAUCAGCAAUGGCUCACUUACUGGGUUCUCUAUUCCUUGAUUACCCUCUUCGAGCUUACUUUUGCCAAACUCCUCGAAUGGUUUCCUAUAUGGCCUUAUGCAAAGCUGAUAUUCGCCUGCUGGUUGGUCUUGCCACACUUCAACGGCGCGGCUCAUGUGUAUCGGCACUUUAUCAGACCCUUUUAUAUGAAUCCUCAUUCUACUACAAUGUGGUAUGUUCCACGGAAGGGCCUUUUUCAUAAGCGAGACGAUGUGCUCACGGCUGCUGAGAAGUACAUGGAAGAACAUGGGACCGAAGCAUUUGAGAGGCUCAUUUCCAAGCGACAAACAACCCGUUCUCGUUGGCGAACUGAAGAACUUGGGGUUCAUGGUCCUCCUGAAGAGCAUCACUGGGGGUUUGAUACGAAUGCUGAUAGAGAAGCUCGAGCUAGAAGAAAGACCAACUACGUAAUAUUUGACGAUGACUACAGAUAUUGAAGAAGAUGAAUGUGGCUUUUUCGGGUCGAAGCUGUGAGGAACCCGGAUAGCAACAGAGUAGGCAAUUACAUUCCCAAAUCAUGUCCAUCUGCUUCCUUAAUUCGUGUUGUGGUAAUUCCUCGCAGCUGAGAGUCGGACAUGAUGCUAGGAUUGUAGAGAGUUCCCUAUGUACUGGAGGAGUUCAUGCUACUUACCUAACGGUAUGCUUGUGAAUACUAGUUUCUGUAAUCUUUUGGAUGGGAUAAUGAAUCCUUUUGAGUUGGUUUGACACUGCAA